GUUGUCCAUCAGCAGCCUGACAUGACUGUGUGUUUGGAGUAGUCACACUGACCCGUUGAUGCUGUUUACUCUGCUCCGACAGUGACCGGACCCUCCAUGACGACUCAGUUUUAGUUCAAAAACUCAAGUUUGUUUUUUUCCAGAAAAUAAAGGGAUCGAAUGCGGAACGUCUUUGUUGGCUAUAAGUUCAUCUCUGGUGGAUCAUCAGGCUGACAGAGUCAUGACAGGGGCUGUGCAGGUUUUCCUCAUGUGCUGUCUACUUCACAGUGGUCUCUGUGAACGCUGGUCAGUCCUCAUGCCUCAGACCGUGGAGGCUCUGAGUGGGUCCUGUGUGAUCAUCCCCUGUGCUUUUAGCCUCCCUUCAGAAUGGGAUCAGUACCUGGAUGAUACCUGCAGAGCCAUAUGGAGGAGAGGGAGCUGGAUCAGGACGCAGGUGUUUGAUUCCAGCCUGACCGGAUCCAGCGCCAGUGUAAACCUCCUGCAGGGAAACCUGACGGGGAACCUGAGACAGAAGGACUGCACCACCGUCUUCUACAACCUGCCAUCCAGCCACUAUGACAACUACUACUUCAGACUGCAGUGUGGAAAUGCACUCAAGUUCAACUUUCAGACAAGUGUCCUCAUUAACAUCCAAGACUCUCUGCCCAAACCUACCGUGACCCCGUCCAGGCUGGAGGUGGAGGAAGGGGCUCCGGUGACGCUGAGCUGCUCGGCUAUAGCUCCAUGUCCCAUCCUGCCCCCGACUCUGACGUGGACCCCCGAUGUAGGGGACGUGGAGGAAAACCUAGAGAGUAAAUCUGUGACGUCUGUUGUCAACUUCACGGCCUCUCACCUUCACAAUGGGCUGAAGGUGUCGUGCACCGCUGUCUACAGCCGAGGAGCCGGACACACCGACCUCCUGAACGAGAAAAGCCUGACUCUGCGUGUUCUGUAUUCUCCGACUAAUACCACGGUCAGCUACUUGGGUCCCGUUGAAGAAGGCAGCUAUGUGACUUUGACCUGCAACGCCAACGCCAACCCACCAGUGGACAGCUACGACUGGUACAGAGUGGACGGAAACCAGGUGACAUCUGUGGGAUCCAAAAAGAGGAUUUCCACCACCGUGUCAGAGGAGGACAGCCUAUUUUACUGCCAAGCCAGCAACAAAUAUGGAGCCCAGAACUCCUCUGUCACACAGAUCGACAUACAGUUUCCUCCAAAGAGAACCUCAGUAGUGGCAGAUCCUCCUGGUGUGAUUCUGGAGGGCAGCUCUGUUUCUCUGCUCUGCAGCGCCCACGCCAACCCACCUGCCUCCAACUACACCUGGUACAGAGGAGAUGUAGAGGACCCCGAGCAUGGACCGGUCCUGACUAUAGACAGUGCUGAGCCCACCCACAGCGGUGACUACCACUGUGAAGCCAAAAACCAACUGGGACAGGAAACAUCAGCGCUGAUUCAUCUGGACGUUCAGUAUCCCCCUAAGAACACCUCGGUGUCAGCUGACCCUCCUGGUCCUCUGAUGGACGGUACCUCGGUGACCCUGACCUGCACGGCCUCGGCCAAUCCAGUCAUCGUCAACGUCACCUGGUACAGAGUGUCUGGAACCCUGAGGGAGGCGGUGGGUUCACACAGAGACUACACCUUCAACGUGACCAAGCUUUCAGAGGAACUUUACUACUGUGAAGCUGUGAACGUCCACGGAGCUGAAGACUCAGAGCUCGUCAGCGUGGACGUCACAUUUCCUCCAGAGAUCCUGGCUUCUUCUCGUUGCGUUAAGAUUUUAACCCAGGUCCGCUGCUCCUGCGACAGCCAGGGGAACCCUCCUCCUUCGCUGGUUUGGGAGCUGGCCGGGGACCCAGUGAAUGACUCGUCCGUCAUCCCCAUCAGGGAGGUUCCUCUGAGUGAGGUCGGCAUGAGGAGCCUCAUCACCCUGAACCGUGUGGAUGGAGACGUACCCACUUUAGUCUGCAUCAGCAGCAACUCACUGGGCUCUGAUAGUUUCGCUUUUAACAUUUCAGCCAGUGAAACUCAGCUGGGCCUCCAUACUUUCUCAAUGCUGAUUGGCUCUGCUGUGGGAGCACUGGGAAUGCUGGUGGUGUGUGUCCCACUACUGAUACUGAUUUGUAGGAGAAAGACAGGCAGCUUGUCGCCUGACAAAGGAGUGGUGGACACUUCAGGUGUUGUAGCUACUAUUGAGGCGAACUCUUCAAAGGUGGAUGUUAUUUCUGCCACUAAACCAGUAAUGGAUGAACAGAUCGGAGGUAAAGUAGAUCCUCUCAUCGUCAUGAACGGAGACUCUAAACCUCAAACCAAACCUGAGAACACUCCCAUAGAAGGGGAGGUCAGAGGUCUGGGGUCUGUGACGACUGAGCAGGUGGAAGUCCAUCAGGACUCCACCGGGGGAAACCAAACCCAGGCAGAGACUGAAGAUACGGGUCAAGACGCGGAGUUUGUUCAUGUGAAAGACGUUGACGAUCUGAUAGUCACGGCAUAGUGUGAAGAGUCUGAAACAAGAAUCUGAGAGUCUGAGGUUAAACAGCUACACUUCUAUAUCUUUGAAAAAUAUUUUAACAACUAACACCUUAUUUUUUUCAUGUCAGUAUGUACUGUAAAUCACAAAUAUGUCUUUCUGCUGAAGUUGAACCAUUUUCGUACUUCAUCAUUAACCUUCUUACAAUCCUUCACAGAAAACUUAACUGUCUCACAUUAAGCUCAUUAGCUUUAUUGUUUGUACCCCAUUUUUUAUUCUAACUUUUAAGCAAACUUAAAAAAAAAAGAAACUGACAGUGAUUUUGGUAUAAAAAAAAUUUAUUUGCAAAUAACUGUAAUAUUU